GUGGAACGAAACUCGUACGCGAUCAGCUCGACCGAGGCAAUCCGGCAUCCUUACGUAUGCUCGUUGCGUUCUUGACCGAUAUGGUGUUUUUUCCCCGUAAUUCGUGACCCUGAUCGCGAGAUAGCGUCAAUCGCGAUAGGUAAAACCGAGUAUCGCGUCAAGAGAGCCAGGUUCGAUCCCCGGACGGUUCGACCCCCUCUUGUUGUCUGUGUGAUUGAACGAGAGCAAGCACGUCGGUUGCCGCUGGAUUCUCGAAGCAGUGUACCGUAAAAAGUUCGCGGAACACGGUGAAAACGCGAGUCGUCCGUUCUCGCGUGUACAUAUACACGGUGUUUCACGCUCGACGACGUCUUGUCCUCUCUCGUUGUCGGAGAGGGAGAAAAAGAGAAAGAAGAGAAGCUCCGAAGCGUGUCUGCAUCGUGGACACUUCGUUUGUUCGCUCGCGCCAACAACCAGCUGGAAGUGACAACCCUCCGGAGAAAAUCUAUCUCUCCUUCGUUUACCGACGCUCAAUAGAAAUCGUGCGACUCGUACGAGCGACACUCGACGAAUGACGAGAAGGAAAGGGCCCCCGAUAGGGCCAGGUAACGAUCCGACCGAAAGAAAAUCGGAGUCGUAGGCGGGGCCUAAGGUCGGGGACACGUGACACGGAAACUGUCACGCCGCCCUUGUCCUCCCCUCCUUCACCCCCUCCACUCGACCGAAAAGCACCGAGCCAACUAUACGAGCGCUGCUUCUACCAACCGACAGCGUGCCGCCGAACGCUUCUGUUCGCUCCUCGAUUCUUCGCUUCUUUAUUUCGUUGUGCUCGACCGAUCAAUUUUUUCAUGCUGGAUAUACAAGCGCACGCUUCACGAUCGCGAUGCUUAUGAUGAUGCUCCUCUAAGAAUACAUUAUAUUUAAACGACGCCAUAUCAUUUUUCCAUGCUCGUCGCUCUUGGAACUUCGAAUCUUCAAUUUUAAAACGAAUUAUAAAACGAAACGAUUUAUAAAAUCAAAUAAGAAAUACAACGAUACAAAUGUGAUAUCAGAAAAAUUUUCAACGAAUUUUUUUUUUUCAUAAUAUUUCGUGACUCGAAAAAACGAAAGUAGCAGUGAUAUCGAUAAUAGUGUUUAAAAUUUAACUUGUAUUUGCCACGUUUUUCAUCAUCUGACCGUAUGAUAUCAAGAAUGAUUAUUAAAGAUUACGAUAAAUUCGAUCAUAGGACUUCAAAGUGAUCGCGACACUUCUCGACGUACAACGUAAUCAAUUAUUUAAUCUUUUUCAACAAUACUGGUUCGCGAUUGUACUCGAAUAAUGCUCGUUCAAUCCAUCGAUUGCCAUAAUACAUUCGCGAUCAUAUUUAUGAUUCGACCGUUAUUCGACACGGUCGGAUUCGCAGUUUGACGCGGGCCGCCGCGUCACUGUGGAUAUCCUUAGGAUGCAGCAGGGUAGUGUAGGCGACGGGGACUCGGCCCCGAGAAAUUCGCCGAAAAACUCCAACACGGGCGUCGCCGACGGUCGAGUUCGGGUUAAAGUCGAAGCGCCAGAGUCGACGGAACUGUUCGACGUUAAACGAGAAACCCAAGACGAAUAUCAUGCCGUUCAUCACGAUUACCAUUAUGACAGGAAACCAAUCGUUCCAACGAAGUUCGAUGCAAAUUCCGAAAUUAUCAAUCAGUGUCAGCCACCCCAUCAAGGUUAUCCACGGCCGGUAAACUCCGGGCUUCCGAAUUCUUAUGGAUUUUCACAUUUCUAUGGGCCAACAAUGCUGCCUCCCUCGUUUCAUGGCGCCAGACCAUCUCCAGAUCGGCCUAUUGGGAAAAUUGACGAGCAUGAACACGAACAGGAACGUUACAGAGUGCCCGUGUCUGGUGUCGCUAGUGACAGUGUUUUUAUGCAUCACGAUCCUCAUAGAUACGAGAUUGGUGAUUACCAUGGGAAAGGAUACCCUGGAAUGGCUUAUCCCGCGUUUCGACCAUCGAUGCAGCAGCGUGCACCGAUGUAUACCGGUCAUCACAACAAUAGUAGCUACAGGACCGCGCAGUAUCAAAACAGAAAGCGCAAGUGGAGCGGCGCAGCGCUGCGCGGAAUGCCGCCAUCGAUGCCUUGGCCAACGUGGUUCUACAGGCCGGAUUUCCCUCUCGGCACUCAACUGCCCACCAGCCACGUAUCGAAUCCGAGCAACGUUCCUACUUCGUCCCCCCUGUGCCCCAGGACCCACUUGCAAUCAGAGGCGUCCAAGGUCCCCGAAUUUCUCGAUAGCAGCAAAAUCCACGGACAAACGCCGACGAUAUGCACGUCCAUCAAAUGCACGGUGAAUGGAUGCUCGUGCGACUCGUUCACGCCGGGGAAGAGGCACAUCCGGUACUGCGACAGGUGCCACCAUGGAUGGGUGCCACACGCGCUGGCGCGACUGUCGUCUAGUGGGGAUGUCGUCUCCAGCCCCCGUGCCACUGGUAGGGAGGACAAAAGCGGCGGAGGGAGGGUAAAGCAGGCGACGCCGACGACCACGGUGACGACGACGACGACGACGACGACCGCUGCUGCCGCCGCGGCGUCCAGGGAAGGAGGCGGAGGUGGAGGUGGUGAUGCAAGUGGCGGUGGUGGGGGCGCGGCACUCGGUGGGGGGAGCUGUGGUGGGGAGAGGAACGGUGGAGGUGGUGGUGGCGGUGGUGGUGGUGGCAGUGUUGGUGGUGGAGGCGAUGUCGCGGAGAAGGAGGAGAGGCCACCGGCUUCAGAGAGUGUCGAGCCGACGGCCGCGUUUGACGUCGCAUCCCUCGUACUGUACGGCUCGCGCGCACUACCGAUCCGCCUUAAGAUUUUGCUCGAUCAGUUGUUCAACCAGUUGCAGCACGCGCAAGUGACACGUUUACUAGCCGCAUUCGGCUGGACGUACGAGGAUUACACGCGGGGAUACAUACUGCAGGAUUCGCAGAACGGCCCGGUGCUGGACCGAUGGAGCAUCUGCUCUCCUGAAGAGGAGCCGCUGGUACUGCAGCAGUUCCUCAGAUUCGCCGAGACGCGCCCGUUCGUGCAGCAGCUGCUGCUGGCCGCCGGGACGCCGGGGACGGAUGCUAUGUCACCGAGCAGACGACCUUCGCCGCCGACGAUGCCGCUAGCACACCUUCCACCGCCGCUACACCUGCUCCACUGCGGCCUCCCGCCCCCGGGCUCGAGGUUGCCGCCCCCUCUGCCUCCGCCGCCGCCGCCGCCCUCCGUCUCGCAUCCCUCCAUGUCGCCAACCGCCCAAAAGCACUACUCCACCUCGUCCACGGCCGGCGCGGGGGCGACCACCGCCGCCAACUCGCCGCCCACCACCGGACUCGACUCCCAUCUCACCGUGUCGCCGCUCAACCGGCUCCAAAGCAUGCAGCCGUUCGACUUCCGCAAGCUGGGCACCCUCGGCCUGCCCGCCUUCCCGCCCAUACCGCCGCCCCCGCCGCCCCCGCCUCCCCCGCCCCCGCCGCCCGCCGACCAGCUGCUCCAGAACCGCAAGUCCGCCAGGAACCCCCAGAGCCCGCACAGCCCGCCCCACCACCACCACCACCCCCCCGCCGCCCAGCUCCAGAGGCCCCACAUGCCGCCCGUCGCCCCCGUCUCCUCCUCCGCCCUCAACUUCGGCCACCCCCUCUCGGUCGCCGUCUCCUCGGGCGCCCUGCCCCCCACCUUCCCCGCGCACUUCCCGCCCCCGCCCAUGGCCACCAAACCCCACUCGGCCAUCACCGCCGGCCCCCCGUCCGACGUGCACAGCGGGGGCGAGAAGAGCAGCGAGUUCGGGUCCGAGGAGGACGAGGAGGACGACGAGAACUCGGACAGCGCGCUCAACCUGAGCAGACGGGACUGCCAGAAGCAGCAGCAGCAGCAGCAGCACCAACAGCACCAGCAACAACAACAGCAUCAGCACGGAGGAGGGGCGGGGGCGGAGGGGCACAGACACCACCCGGCCCUGGGUCUGCAAGCGGCCCCGCUGGGCAGGCCGCCGGGGAUCCCCGGCAGGAAGCCCCACUCGCCGGGCAAGAGACCGGGGGGCCAGUGGGGUGCGUCUGGGAACAUCCCCCCGAACCUGGGCACGCCGUUCAUCAACCCGACCACGGGCAAGAAGAGGGUGCAGUGCAACGUUUGCCUGAAGACGUUCUGCGACAAGGGCGCGCUCAAGAUCCACUUCAGCGCGGUCCACCUGCGCGAGAUGCACCAGUGCACGGUGAAGGGGUGCAGCAUGAUGUUCAGCUCGAGGAGGUCGCGCAACAGGCACAGCGCGAACCCCAACCCGAAGCUCCACUCGCCUCACCUGCGUAGGAAGAUCUCGCCCCACGACGGCCGCUCCUCGAUGGCGCACGCGCUCGUCCUCCCGCCUCAAGUCGGCCUCCCCGUCCCCGCCACAGGCCUCAACCACCUACCCUUCGGCUCCUUCCCCCUACUCACCCCCCCGCCCGACCUCCGCUCCCCAGCCUCCCUCUGCGGCCUCGACUUCAAGCACCUCGACCUGCAGCCGGCCCAGGGGGGCGGCGGCAGGCCGCCCGCCUUCGAGGACGCUGCCCCCCUUCAGCAGGGCAGGAUGGCCGCGAGCCAGGGCGGCGGCGGCGGCGGCGUCUCGGCGCUGGCGGCGAUCGGGCAGGACAGCAGCCCGGUCGUGGCCGUGGCGAGGGGCUCGUUCUCGAGCAACAGCGCGGCCGACGCGGUGUCGCCCUCGACCCAGGCGUCGACGGCCGCCGCCGAGGGGGAGGAGGAGGAGGAGGAGGAGGAGGGAGGGAUCGUGGUGGUGGCCGAGGACGAGGCGAGCAACCUGCUGGCGGCCCCCUGCCCCCCCUCGGCCAGGCUGCUGCCGCCCCAUCGCGGGGAGGAGGAGGAGGACGAGCAGCCGGCCGACUUCAGCCUGGCCAAGAGACCGAAGCUGUACGACUUCGGGGGGGCGGAGGCGGCGGUCGGGGACGAGGAGGCGGGGAGCAACGGGGGGGACAGCAACGUCGAGGACAACGACUCGACGGGGGCGACGAUCGAUCGGCACGGCUACUCGCUGCACCACCAUCGCCGCCACCACCACCACCACCACCACCACCACCACCAUCACCACCACCGCUCCGUGAACCACGGCUCGGCCUCGGUGCACAGCAGGGGCGUGAGGAAGAGGAAGUCGCAGCACCCGACCAGGUGCGCGGUCCUCACCGAGGUCCACUCGUCGUCCACGGACGGGGACUCGUCCAACGACGAGGAGCGGAUGCGCGCGCGUUGCCUCGAGCCGAACCCAACGGGGCCCAACGAGGUGCAGAGCCAGCCGGAGGACAUGUCGAUGUCGAGACUCGGCGCCGAGGAGCGGAAACCGAACACCUCCUCCUCCUCGGCGCCCGCCUCCCCCAAGAAUCUCGCCAACGACCGCGAGUCGUGCUCCCCCGCGGAACCGUGCCGCGACCGAAAGCGCGAGAACGAGGGAACGGGCCAGCAGCCGCGGGACCAGGAGCGGGGGGAUCUACCUCAGGACGAGCCUCGGGAUCUGAGCUCGAGACCGAGCAGCCAAGUCAAAUCGCCCAAGAGGCAGAUCAGUCCGGAGCCAAAGACGAGCCACGAGGCGGCGACCAACGAGAGCGCCGCCAACUCCGGGGCCGAUCGCCGGAGGAGCGAGUGCGAGGAGGCGAUCAAAGAGGAGAGGGUGAAGCAGGAGGAGGAGGAGCAAGAAGAGGACGAAGAGAACGGGGAGGAGGAGAACGAGGAGGAGCAAGAGGAGGAGGAGGAGGAGCAGGAGGUAGAGGAAUCGACGACGACGACGACGACGACGGCGGCUACGACGACGGCGACGACGACGACGACGACGAUGAGAACGUCGUUGAAGAGGGAGAGAGAGGCGGAGGAGAAAGGGGGAAAGGAGGAGGAGAAGCGGGAGGAGGUGGAGGAGAUGGAAGGGGAGGAGGAGGAGGAAGAAGCGAUGGAAGAGGUCGAGGAGGAGGAGGAGGAGGAGGAGGAAGAGGAGGAGGAGGAGGUGGACGAGGAGGUGAACGCGGCGCUGCGGAAUCAGGAAGGUGAGCGUCCCGAUGAUCCCUCCCGUGCCCCGAGCUCGGUCGACAGCCGUCCGACGACAGGCGACGACCUCUCCCACGACUCCUCGACCACCACCACCACCACCACCACCACCAACACUUUGCGUCAACUCGAGUCCUUGUCGCAGGGUCGCGCGGCGAUGGUGCAGCGGUUCGCCGGGGGGACGACGCAGGAGGCGGGUUCGAGGUCUGGCCGCGGCUCUACCAGCCCCGUCACCACCCUCACGACGCACCAGGAGACCACCAUGGACAAUUCCUCACGUGGCUCUCGUUCAUCCAGCGCCUCACCCUCCACAGCGGCCAUGGAUACGGACAAUAGCCUUAUCACGUAUGCCCGUUACGAGAACGGGGGGUUCGUGAGCACCCAGGAGGUGCCCCUCGACAGGGAGAACCCGAGGCGGUGCACGGCUUGCGGCAAAGUGUUUCAAAACCACUUCGGGGUGAAGACCCACUAUCAGAACGUCCAUCUCAAGCUGAUGCACAGGUGCAGCGUGGACGGCUGCAACGCGGCCUUCCCCUCCAAGAGGUCCCGCGACAGGCACUCGGCUAACCUCAACCUCCACAGAAAGCUCCUGUCCACGUCGUCGGACAGCCCGCCGCCGCCGCCGCCGCCGCCGCCGCCCCUCCCCCCCUCCACCCUGCCGCCCAGCUUGUCCCCGAGAAACGCGGCCGACGAGACCCAGAUGAGCCCGUCGUCGUUCCUCCGCAACGAGUUCCUCGCGAGGUUGUACGCGGACGCCGGGAUCGGCUGCGCCCUCGGCGCCUACCCCCUCACCCCCGCACCCCCCCUGCCCUCCGCGGUCGACCUGGCCGCCAGGAUACCGGCCCCCCACCCCCUUCUACUGCCGCCCCACUUGGGGGCCACCUUCUCCGGCCUGUCCACCUUCGCCACCCACCUGGCCGGCCUCAACGGCCUCGCCCAUCGACGCUUCAACCACUUCGCCGCGAUGCCCCGCAACGAGCAAGGGGGAGGCGGAGGGGGGAGCAGACACCGCGCGGGGACGGAUCGGGGGUCGCCGGUCUCCUCCUCGGCCGGCGACGAGGAGCGGAAAGAGGAGGCGAGGUGCACGGUCCCCGGCUGCGAUCGGGUGUUCGCCUCGAGGGCGGUGAGGGACGCCCAUUCCAAGGACCCGCAGGCCCACCGCGACUUGUCCUCCUUGCUGUCGACCAGCGGCGGCUCGUGACCGAUCUCUUUCCGCGGCUAUUAUCCCCUGCUGUGAUGCCAAAACUCCGACCGAGAGCGAGCCUUGCCUCCUCCACCGCUUUCGAACUCGAGCCUCUUCUUUUUUUUUUUUUUUUAUUAUUCCCAGCCGUGUUAUCCGGGCGAGAAAGAGAAACGUGCAAUAUCGGGGAUGGGGGAUUGUUUCCACCUUUUCGUUCCAACGACUUUUUCGAGAUCUUCCGCCGUUCCUGGACGCGGUUCCUGGUGCUUCUUUUUCCACCCGUACGCCGCGGAUCAGCGUUCGAAGAAAGAGGAGUAGUAGAAGGAACGUUUCGUUCCGUAAUUGAUCUUGCCAGUAACGGUGGCGACGUCUUUCUCUCUCUAUCUAUCUCUCUCUCUCUCCCCCCUCUCUUAGGGGUGAAAAAUCACCCGGAGGGCGGGCCACUGGACGCGUUCCAAUCCCGGUUUUUUUUUUUUCAAACGGAAGGUGCUUGCAAUCUCUAGUCAAUUCGAAAAUCCUCGGACAUUUCCAUAUGGAAAUUCGACCAUAGGACCAUAGCGCGUGAUCGGUUUGGUUAGAUUGGAUCUCGAGUCCAAAAAGAAAAAAAAAAAAAAAAAGAAAAGAUGGACGAAAUAACGAUUAACGAUCGAAAUAUUCGCAAACAAAGGUUUUUUUCCCAUUCCCCAAUUCGCGUGUCACGGAGCACGGAAAGUUUCGAAAAGAAAGGAAAAACUGGUCGACCGUGGAAGAAUCUAUCUAUUCGGCGAGUUUCGUUUGUUUGUUUCUUUGUUUCUUUGUUUUCUUCUUCUUCUUCUUCUUCUUCUUCUUUUUUUUUACGUUCGAAGAGGCGGCGGAUAGAGACGAUGGAUGAGAAGAAAAUGAUGUGCGAGAUUGGGAUGUAAAGGAGAAAAAAGAAAGAAAAGAAAAAAAAAAAAAGUGGAAAGAUCGAACGCGCCCUCGUUUCGGUCUUCCGGGCUGAUUUUAUCAUCGUUGUGAUAAACGUAACGUUUAGUAUAAAUAUGCCACUUAUUUAAUCAGUAAUCAAUUACUACCGCUGUAUAUAAUAAACAUAGUACCUUUUUUCGAUGUAUCGCGUUAUUAAUCAAUUUUAAGCUACUUGGACGCGAAACGCGAGGCUACUCGCGGGGAGGGGAGGAGAGGAGACGAUGACGAGUAGUUUUGUAACCCGGAUUGAUCCGGGAUAUCGAGCCGACGACCGAAAUGAAAGGAAAAUUAAGCGCGAGACACCCGAGUACAAGGAUGAUGACGAUAACGAUGAUGAUAACGAUGACGAUGAUGACGAUAAUGACGAUGAUGACGAUGAUGAUAAUGAUGAUUAUGAUGAUGAUGAUGAUCAGCCUUUCCAGAUGGCGGGCUAUUCGCUCGCGCGUUCACUCUACGUACGCCAUAUUGGAAUUUAUACGAUUCUCGAUUCUCAAUUCCAUCGUUGUUGCAAAUUUUUCUCUUAUAUUUGUAUAUACUCGAUCGAAACGAUUUUUCACCUCGUGCAUUUCACGAAUUUUGUGCGGCGAAUGUACGUAAAUUGGCUUCGUUCUAAAAAAGAAAAAAAAAAAAAAAUCGAUUAAUCGGAAAUUAUUUUUCAAGUAUAUCCGAAUAUCGCGGAACGAAGACGACGAAAAGAGAUGAAUUUGAGCGAUAGAAAAUCGAAGCUGAUUGCCGUCGUCUCGCGCUAAAUAUAAACGGGAGAAUAGGUAGAUUUUUUUAUUUAUUGUUUCCUAGAGAUCCGUACGCAACGAUCCACGCGCUGCGAUCAGCGGCCAGUAGCGGGCACUGCCGCGAAGAUAUUUUUCUUCUUCUUCUUCGUAUCAUCGAACGAUCGUUUGUCGUUUCGAUCGUUCGCACAAAAAUGGGGAAUGAGCGAGAUAAAUAAGGGAGGGAAAAGGAGGAAGGGAAAUGAAAAGAAUUUGUCAACGAUCCUCGAACGACGAUCGAUCGAUCUUUUUCCUUUCGGUUGUAUAUAUAUAUAUCUUAUUGUAUAUCUUGUUUUCGUAGUCUGUGCACGCGCGAUGAGGAAAAAAAAGAAAAAAAAGAGAAAAGAAAAAACGUCGCGCGACACAGAAUUUAAGAAUUUUGCGUGCGAAUCGACAACGACGACGACGACGACGACGAAGCGGAAGAAGCAUGGUGGAUGGCCGGAAACAGGUUUUUUUUCUACGCGCCUAACGAUUUUUUCGUCAUGUUUCUCGCGCCAGAGAUAAUAGGAAUAUAAGAGAAAUGAAAAAACAAAAAAAAGAAAAAAAAAAAAGAAAAAAAAAGGAGAUGAAAAUGAUGGCGACACGACACGACGAACUCUAUUAACUAAUUACACACGAAGCGUAAAGGGCGAAAUUUACAAUUGUAAUUAUGUAUAAACGGAAUGCUAUGAUGUAUGAUAUUAUAGAUCGAUUAUAAAGAACACUCAUCAUUAUGAAAAUAAAUACCUAUCGAAAUCA